UCGGCUGGACUUUUUACCCGGUGCAAGCGGUAAAAACUGCAGCGGGGUCCGGAGUGGCGCGGCUCCUAGUCCCGCAGGGUCCCUAGGACGGUGCCUGGGGACGUGCACAGGCCCCUUGGGGCUACCCUUCGGCCCACGUGGCCCAUCGUGGACCCGGAGCGUGGAACCCCACUCUGGAACCCUGGAACCAACCGGCCCGACAGAGCUUUGGAGCUCCGGGCGCGGAGCCGCAGCCGCCCGCCCUCGACGCGGCCCGAGACGUGCUAGCGGGAAAAAUGUCUUCCUCUAGACUGGGACUUCGUUUGGCUGCCUGUUUACUAAACAUUUCAGAAGCCAGAAGGAAACACAUUGUUGAGAACAUAGCACGGGCAGCUUUACUUGAGAAAAAUGGUCAGAAACAUCCUGAAGUAUCUGUGCUCAAUAUAUUUUCUGAUCAAGACUACAACAGAUCGGUGAUUACAAUAGCUGCUUCUGUUGAUGAAUUAGGUGAUUCUGUUUUGGCUGCCUGCUUGGAGGCCUUCCAAUCUGUCGAUAUGGAGGUUCAAGAGGGGAUCCACCCUUGUCUGGGUGCUGUGGACCUGAUCCCCAUUUACCCUCUCUCUGGGGUAGGAGUGGAAGAGUGUGGAGCUGUGGCCAGAAGCCUGGCCAAGAAACUAGUCCUGCAUGUGCCUGGGUGCAGUGUAUUUCUCUUCGGUGAGGCUGACCUGCCCAGGAAGCGAAGUCUGGUGCAGAGAAGGAAGCAACUGGGCUGGUUCACCAGGAGAGAUUUCAGCGCUCUGGAGUGGGACUUGGGAGCUACACCUGCCCGAAGUUGUGGCCUGACAGGUGUUGGUGCCAGCCCGUAUGUGAUGAACUGCAAUGUUACCAUAAACUCAGAAGACUUGGCUUUGGGAAAGGAGCUUGCUAGCGCGAUUCGAGGCUCGAAUGUCCAUGGAUUGAAAGGUGUUCAGGCCAUGGCUUUUCCCCAUGAGGGGAAAAUUGAGAUAGCUUGCAAUGUCGAGAGUUUUGAAGCUCAGGGCACUGAAGAAACCUGCAAAGAUGCUCAGUACAUGUCUUACACUGUCCAUGGGGAUCGUUUUUCCUAUGUGUCUCCCCAUUAUAUAGAAACCAGAGUUAAAGAACUGGCGAGGGAGAGGGGAAUAACAACAUUAGGGAAAGCAUUAAUUGGAUUUACACCCAAUGAGUGCAAGAACUGUGCUGAAUAUGCUAUAAAAGAAGGCAUUGGAGAGUUCUGGAAGAUGCGAGGAGGUAUUUUUAUGUGAUGUAGUCUAAGGCAUCUUCGAAAUCUUAAGGAAAAAACAACAACUCUGAAUUGUGAAAAUUUCUUUUCAUCAUUGAAGAUGAGAAGAUACACAGAAGUUAAUUAUUAUUGUUUAUUGGAAAAUUGGAAGAGUUCUCUGUUCAAAUAAUAUCUGUUAUUGCUUAUUUCCCAUGAUAUUUCUAUCAUCUUUAAAACUUCCCAAGAACUCAACUUUGCAGCAAAUUUAGGAACUCUGUAGGCAUUAGAUUAUAUUGUACUAAAUGAAUUACAUUUCUUUUUUAACACUGGUUAAAUUCAUAUAGCUGUGAGUCACCACAAAGUGAUUUUUAUUGAUGUAAUUUUGAUAAUUACAUUUGCCAUUUUGUUGGAGUAAUCAAUAUAAAGUAAGUUUGUUAAGUGCCAGCAGAGGAAGGUAGAAUUCUGUGGUGAAAACUAGGAAACUUACAUUAAGCAAACAAGUUCUUAUCUAAUAGAGAUGGGAAUACAAAUUUGGUAAUGCAGUUAGGCCUUAUACCCUGAACAUUG